AUGAGCUUCAACGACAUCCCGCCCGAGAUACUCGCCCGCGCGUUGCGACACGUGCAUCCAGGCCAGUUGGCAGCGUUUCGCAGUGUAUGCCGGAUAUGGCGCAACACCAUCGACGGAGACCCGGUGCUGCAAUACAUGCUGGAGCUGUGGGAGGAUGGGUUGUUGGAGGGCAAUCCACAGGGGCUGCUGCCGCACGAGCGCAUCGCCCGGGCACACUUGCUCAGCACAGAGCGGCCAUACGAGAGCCGCGCGUCGGAGAUGGCCCAGGGCGUGUUCGCGCUGCAGGAAAGCGAGGCGAUGGGCGGGCGGAUGCUGGUCGUGGCCCUCGCGGGGCUAAAGCACGUGCCGUACGUUUAUGCGGACGACAGCACGGCGGUGUGGACUGGGUCGGUGCACUUGCCCGGGAAGGACAUCCGGCAUUUCACGAUGGACGCCGGGAGCGACCUGCUCGCCGUCCUCCACAGCGACGCCGACUUUCAGAAGGGGACACUCGCCGUCCGCUCGCUUGCACAGCCCACGCUUGUCCACCCGGAGGCGGUGGCAGCAGAGAUAGAGUUUGCGUGUACGAGGGACGAGAUGGAUCAGCUGGGGCUCACAACUGUCGACGAUGUUGUCGCGCUGUCCACUGGCGCGCGCCUUCUGCUCUUCGACUGGCGCGGAGGAAACUGCGUUCUGGACUGGGACUUUGCGCCAAUGGAGGUGCUUGACUGCUAUAUGCUUGCUCCACGCCUCGUUCUCCUUGUCCACGGCCCGGCCAGCGGGGCUGUCAAGGUCUACAUGCUCCCUGAUGUUCUCGAGCCUGGCGUAUCCGCCCCGGCAUGCGUUGCGACGCUGCACCUCCCGCCGCUGAGCACGGACCACAUACACAUUGCAGAAGGAACUAUUCUGGCCGGCCCGUACACGGCCCGCCCGCCCGCGGAUGCGCCGUUCUUCCAGGCAAACGACCGGCGCGUGGUGUCCCUCGGGGUGCAGUAUGUCCCCGGCGGCUGGGUGUGGCUGGUGUUCCAUAUACGCACAGUGUCGCGGCUUGUCACCGCGUGGCGGGCGGACCCGGGCCGACGCGAGCAGGAGCUGCAAUGGGCCGACUGGGGCCCCGCAGAGACACGCGUGUCGCAGGAGAAUGCGCUCUUCUGGUGGCGACAUGUUCAUGGCGAGCGGAUCCUCGCUUGCAGCACCACCGACCGCCUCGUGCGCAUGCUCGACUUCAAUGUGCCGCGGUCCACGGAUCACGGCGGUGCACCCGAGAUUGAUCCGGCAGCGCCGCUGGCCGCGCUCGGCGAGAUCGUCGCGGUUGCGGAGCCCGACAGUGUGCUCGAGCGCGAAUGCGACGUGCUGCACACAGACGGCACGUGGUGCCAGCCGCCCAUCAUCGCGACCGUGCGCGCCGCCGGACGACGUGAGGAGCGCACAGUAGCCGCCGGCGUGUUUGCCCGCGCACUGCACACGGCGCUGCCGGUCCGCGAGGUCCGCCGGCCGCUGCGCCCGCGCCGGAGCCCCCUCCCCGACGAGGCCCGGGUGCUCGCCGAGGGCGAAGAGGCGGACACGGACGGGGUGUUCUUCUGGGUCAACAACGACAACGGGGCCACGUACGACACCGUGGUGAUGGACGAGCGCUGGAUUGUCGUGGCAGAUUCUGAGGAGCAGGAGGUAGCGUUUCUCAGGAUUGCUGAUUAG